AUGCCCAAGCACUCUGGAACCACCAACUACUCGACGGCCGAUGUCGACCGCCUCCUCACGCUCGUCGAGAAGAUGCUGCCGCUCGGCAGGGACGAGUGGGAACGGCUCGCUAUGACGUACAACGCCAACAGGCCUCGAGGCUCGCCCGAGCGAGACUUCGAGAGCUUACGGCGUAAGUUCAAGGUGCUUCACAGCACCCGGAAGCCGACCGGCGUGCAGGAGAUUCCCCCGCUUAUCAAGAACGCCAAGGAGGUCAAGAGUGCCAUCGACGACAAGGCCAACGUCGUGGAGAUGGACGACGAGGCCGACAACGACCAGCCCGACUUCUGCUUUGAAACGCUUCUGCUGCUCCGCGAAGAGAGCGAGCGGAAGGCUGACGCCCGUCGCGCUGAGGAAGAUCAGCGCCGCCGCGACGAAAAGGCGGCCAACGAGGCCCGCCUUCUGGAAGCCAAGGCUGAAGCUGAGGCGCGCCGCCGUGAGGAGAAGCUGGAGAGAGAGGACCGUGCGCGCCGUGAGCGCGAAGAUGCGCGCGCCCGCACUCAAGAGCUGCUCAUAUUGAUCGGCGCACUGACUAAGAAGGCGUGA